AUGAGCUCCCAAGAGCCGCCGAAAAGGCGGGAAUCACGCUCGGGGACGAGGAAGGUAUCAACACUGUCCACGGAACAGCUCGAGCGAAAGCGGGCCAACGACCGAGAGGCUCAACGGUUGAUUCGCCAACGCACGAAAGAACACAUAGAACAACUUGAGGCUCAAGUGACCACCUUCCAGUCGCAGAUCGAGGAUAUGCGGCUCCGCACGGAGCGGUUCGAUGAAGUGAUCCAAAGGAAUGCCAUGCUGGAAGAUGAGAUGAGUCGCCUGAAGCAACAGAUAGCUUCUCUCACGGGGCGACCGGAAUAUGUAGCAGAUAAUGAGCAGAUGGGUCUGUUCCGCAGUGGGUGGUCGAUUGAAGGUACCCAGAGCGCUUCCGAUGUCCCAACAACAGGGACCUUACUGUCUCCAAAUUAUACCCCAUCUUCGAAUCCUCGCACUCCUUCGGCCCUGUCAGCAUCGAGUCGAGCCUCCCACCAGCAUGAAUGGCAACAAUACCCCUCCACCCGCUCCCCGUCCCUGGGCGCAUCGUCCAAUCCAGAAUAUCCCAGUCGCAUGGAUUCAUACGUGAUAGAUGGCCAACUGCAAGGGCAACGCAUCUGUCCUCCCAUGCCGUCAGGUCCUCACAUCAGCUUCGGCGCUCCUGAAUCAACACCGCAGUUUGAUUCCUUCUCCCAAUUCCCAUAUGGAAGCCGGUCGCUCUCCAUGCCGAAUGCCAGCUCUGCGUCUCAGACUUCGGAAGUCUAUCAACCCAUAGCCUCAUACCCUCCGCAGAUGCCACAACCACCGCAAGAGGAGACGUACGAUUAUAAUUGA